AUGGCAUCCCUUGACGACUAUGAUGAAUUCGGAAACUACAUUGGUGCAGAUCUUGACUCGGACGACUCCGACAAUGAGCAACCAACUUUUGCACCCCAGGUUCCCGGUAUCUCAGCGCCUUUGGAAGGGUUUGACGAUGAAGAUGUGCCCAUGAGAGGUCAGGAGGAAGGUUUUGGAGAGGGAGCACUGAUGGAAAUCGACAAACCAGUACAUAACGCUGUCGUCCUUCAUGAAGACAAACAGUAUUAUCCAUCCGCGUCGGACGUGUAUGGAGCCGAUGUAGAAACUUUGGUGCAGGAAGAAGACGCGCAACCACUUUCCGAACCCAUCAUCGCCCCAAUAAAAGUGCGGAAAUGGACCGUAGAGGAGAAAGGCAUGCCGGAAACUCGAUUUGACAAAGGAUUUCUGUUAAAUAUGACUUCAUUCCCGGAGAUGAUACGGAACGUAGCGGUCGUAGGGCAUCUACAUCAUGGCAAAACUGCGUUGCUCGAUAUGCUCGUGUUCGAGACACAUAAACUGGACUGGGAUGCGGAUAAACCUACCCGAUAUACAGACACACAUGUCCUGUCUCGAGAGCGCGAAAUAUCCAUAAAAUCCUCACCAAUGUCCCUUAUCCUUUCAACGACAGCUGGUAAAUCGCACCUAAUUCAUCUCAUCGAUACUCCUGGGCAUGUAAAUUUCAUGGACGAAGUAGCUUCGGCCAUUCGGUUGGUGGAUGGUAUACUAUUGGUUGUGGACGUCGUCGAAGGGCUUAUGGUUGGUACAGAAGCUAUAAUUCGACAUGCAAUUCAGGAAAACAUCAAAAUUACACUCGUUGUAAACAAAAUUGACCGCCUCAUUCUGGAACUCAGAAUAAAACCCACUGAUGCAUAUUACAAAAUCAGACAUACUAUUGAGGAAAUCAAUACAUUCAUCAGCGGGAUCGAUCCUGACCCAGAACUGAGAUUGAGCCCAGAGCUGGGUAAUGUGGCCUUUGCCAGCACAGAUAUGGGUUGGUGCUUCACUCUGCGAUCGUUUGCACAGAUGUAUGCCGACUCCUUUGGCAAAGUCGACGUUUCUGCCUUUGCUGGCCGACUUUGGGGAGAUAUCUAUUUCAACAAUGACACGCGAAAGUUCACUCGCAAAGCCGCUGAUCCUGAACAAGGGCGUUCGUUUGUACAGUUCAUCCUCGAACCCUUGUAUAAACUCUACUCGCAAGUGCUCAGCGAAGAGACUGAGCCUCUCCGAGAGACUUUGGCAGGUUUAGGGAUAAAACUGAAGCCAGUGAUGUACAAGAUGGACGUAAGACCAUUGUUGAAAGCGGUUUUGGAUCAAUUCUUCGGUCCUGCGACGGGCUUGGUGGACGUGAUAGUGGAGCAUAUCCCGAGUCCCAUCGACGGAGCCAUCAAUAAGGUUCAGGGCACAUAUAACGGCCCACAAACGUCAGAGUUAGCUGCGACCAUGCAAAUGUGUGAUCCUGCAGGACCUGUGAUGGUGCAGGUGUCUAAGCUCUACCACACUACAGAUGCACAAUCCUUCCGUGCCUUUGGACGAGUACUCAGUGGAACUCUGAGAAAGGGAAUGGAGAUCAAGGUCUUAGGCGAAGGGUUUUCCCCGGAAGACGAAGAGGAUAUGGUGAAAAGUACAGUGGAAGAUCUUUGGAUCAGCGAGGCACGAUAUUUCAUACCGACAGACGAAAUUCCCGCAGGUAAUCUUGUCCUCAUAGGAGGUGUCGAUGCUUCAAUAUCCAAAACUGCUACCCUCGCUGCUGCCGACUACGCUGACGACCUUUACACCUUCCGCCCAAUCAAGCAUAUGACAGAAUCAGUACUCAAAAUUGCCAUUGAACCCAUCGCCCCUUCGGAGUUACCCAAAAUGCUUUCUGGCCUCCGAUCAAUCAACAGGUCGUAUCCGCUUGUCUCAACAAAGGUAGAGGAAAGUGGUGAGCAUGUUGUGAUUGGAACUGGGGAGCUGUAUUUGGAUUGUGUGAUGCAUGACCUAAGAAAGUUGUUCUCUGAAAUCGAAAUCAAGGUGUCAGACCCGGUCACGAAAUUCUGUGAGACGGUUCUAGAAACUAGUGCCUUGAAGUGUUACGCGGAUACACCCAAUAAAAAGAAUAAAAUCACCAUGAUUGCGGAGCCUAUGGAGAAGGGUUUAGCAGAGGAUAUCGAGCGCGGUCGAGUAAACAUGCGUAUGACUGCAAAAGAACGAGGGAAAUUCUUGCAAGAAAAAUACCAGUGGGAUCUGCUUGCGUCUCGAUCAAUAUGGGCAUUUGGUCCUGACGAGAACGGACCGAACGUCCUGCUCGAUGACACUUUACCUUCCCAGAUAGACAAGAAGUUAUUGGGAACGGUGAAGGAACACGUUAAGCAAGGAUUCCAGUGGGGCGCAAGGGAAGGACCUCUCUGUGACGAGCCCUUGCGAAACGUCAAAUUCAGAUUAUUAGACGCCAGCCUAGCACAAGAACCAAUCUUCCGUGGAGGUGGACAAAUAGUUCCUACUGCUCGACGAGUCUGUUAUUCCUCUUUCCUGAUGGCUACACCUCGGUUGAUGGAACCAAUCUACUACGUUGAGGUACAAACGCCGGCGGAUUGUGUUUCAGCAGUAUAUACAGUGCUCGCUCGUCGUCGUGGACAUGUUACUCAAGAUAUUGCAAAAGCUGGAUCACCAUUAUACACGGUCAAAGCCCUUAUUCCUGUUAUCGAUGCCAAUGGCUUCGAGACCGAUCUUAGAACGGCUACGCAAGGUCAGGCGUUCUGCUUGCAAGUAUUUGAUCACUGGUCUAUUGUCCCUGGUGAUCCUACCGACACAAGUAUCAAACUUCGUCCACUUGAGCCUGCUUCUGGACAGGCCCUUGCCAGAGAUUUGGUCCUCAAAACCCGUCGGCGAAAAGGAUUGGGUGAUCAGAUCGCAGUGUCGAAAUAUCUCGACGAUGAAUUUGUGCUGGCUUUAUCUGCGUCAGGACAUGCUGAUUUAUUGGGCUGA